UCACUCUGAGGCAAACAAACCCCACGCCAUUCCGCUCGGAUUCACGACUCCUCGUCACUUAGCACCCCCAGCUAGCCCACGAUGUUCCGAAACAACUACGACAACGACUCGGUCACCUUUUCCCCUCAAGGUCGCAUCUUCCAGGUCGAAUACGCACAAGAGGCAGUCAAGCAGGGUUCCGUCGUCGUGGGCAUCGUCAGCAAGACACACGCAGUGCUUGCUGCGAUCAAGCGAAAUGCCGAGGAGCUCUCAUCAUACCAGAAGAAGAUCAUCCCCGUAGAUUCCCAUUUCGGUGUCGCCCUUGCUGGUCUCGCCUCCGAUGCCCGCGUUCUCUCCAACUUCAUGAAGCAGCAGUCUCUCGCAUCCCGCCUGACGUACGACCGCGCCAUUCCCCUGGCCGAGAUCACCUCGCGUAUCGCCGACCGAGCACAAACCAACACCCAGCAGUAUGGACGGAGGCCUUACGGUGUCGGAUUGUUGAUUGCAGGCGUAGACGCAAAGGGGCCUCACUUGUUCGAAUUCCAGCCCAGCGGUGUUACACAGGAGAUGAUUGCAUGUGGUAUUGGUGCCAGGAGUCAGAUGGCGAGGACAUACCUUGAGAGACACCUGGACGAGUUCGAGGGUGCCAGCAGGGAGGAGUUGAUCAAGCAUGCUCUGAGGUCAUUGAAAGAGUCGCUGUCACAGGACAAGGAGCUGACGGUCGACAACACCAGCGUCGGUAUCGGCGGCAUUGGCGAGAGCUUCGCGCUGUACGAGGGACAGGAUCUUGCUGAAUGGCUAGACGCAACAUUUGAGAACCGGGAAGGGGGUGACGAUGCAGAGGGUGCUGAGGCCAUGGAGCUGUAGAAGGCUUGGCCGUCUACAGCUUUGGCAUAAACAUCCAGGUCUCAUGCGUAGAAUCAGCACUGCUGCUCAGUGAGGGUGUUCUACGGACCAUGACACGGCUACUCUUCCAGCAGUAGAGUAGCUAUGCAUCAGCUAUGACAGGACAUUAGCUACGACAGUGUAACGAAUAUAAUCUCCGAAGAG